AUGUCUGCACUAGCACCUACCAUACCUCUUGAGCUGCAGUAUCUGGUCAUCGAUGCAUUCCACAAAGAUGGCGCGAUAUACAUCGGAUUCAAUUCUUUCUUCCACACGGCGGAGAUCCGAUCCCAUGACCUCCCCCUCCGUCUCGUCUGCUCGAGCUGGCAUGACUACACCUCGCAGCUCUUCUUCAGACCCUUCAAGCACAUAGUUCUGCGCGAUACCGACCACGCAGUGCGCUUUUGUGCGCUUGUGCGUGCCAGUCCGCGUGCGGCGAUACUCGUGCAAACUCUCUCAGUCGAUAAAGCACUGUCGGUCACGGCAGGCCUGGCGGAACUCCUGUCCGAGGACAUGCAACAACGCCUUCCGAACCUGCGCUUUCUCAAAUUCCAGCACCCGCAGUUUGCGGCCAUCCCGCGCGACAAGCGGAUGGGCAACUGGGCCCAGGUAGAGCAGGUGCACUUGGACGGUCGGUUAGUCUUCGAGACCGUGGAUGGCCUGUGGGACUGGGUUGCGCUCUUUGCGGGGUGUGGAUCGCUUUCUUUCGGGGGGCAUAUCAAGAACACACCAAUCCCGAAAGAAGUGGCGCCACCGUCAGACCCUCCGUGUGUCCACCUGCGGUCUCUGGUCUUCAACGCGCCGGGCACCAUCGAGCCGGUCAUUCCCGCAGCGUUGGCCUCCCCUAAUUUCCGCGUUGAUCAGUUGACAUUGUUCAUCUACGACCCUUCCUGCUACACACCCCUUCUCCGCGUUCUCCCUUCGAAGCUCCAAGAACUGUGGCUCUUGCGCUACAGCCACUACGUCGCCAUCCCUCUAAAACUGGCGGACGGCAGCUGCCCCGAGCUACAUUCGGCCACCUUUUCUCUCCUGAAGCCCAGUGCGCGGCUGAUGGCUCUCGUCCUGUCUGAUGUACGAGUGAUCCUCCGCGCAUCACCCAACCUAUCCCAGAUCAAAUUUCGGCUUCCCCCAGUGGCCGCUGACCAGGUGACGCUCAUCACACAAGCCUGGGGCGGGCUGGAUUCACUUCUCGCUGGGACCGUCGGCGAUGUCACUUUCUGCAUCACCAAACCCCCGGGCUACGCAGAUGAUCCGGGACAGCUCGGAUUAUUGCGCGCCCUACAAGCGUGCAUGCCUCAGCUGGCUGAUCUUGGUGCUCUCAACUUUUGGUCAAGAGAAGAGGUAUCCUAUUUCGACAUGUGGACGACCUGA